AUGCCGGCGCCGCUCGCCACCUCGUGGCGCCGGCAUGCCUCCGCGGCGGCGUCCUCUUCCUCACCAAAGACCCUCCUGCUACUCCUCCCGAUCCUCCUCCUCCUCCUCUUCGUCCUCUCCAGAGCCCCAGAUCUCACCUUCUCCCCCACCGCCACCGCCGCCGCCCCACCCCACCUCCCCGCGCACCUCCGCCCCUUCGACUGCUACGCCUCGCCGCAGGCCUCGCCGGUCUUCGCCAGCCUCGUGGAGGGCGUGCCCCGCCCCUUCCUCUACUCCCUCGCCGACAUGGGCUCCCUCCCCGACCGCCCGCACAAGAACAUCGCCCGCCUCCUCAAGGGCAAGCGCUUCCGCAAGCCCGACAUCUCCCAGACCAUCCAAGAGCUGCUCGCCAAGGGUUCCGGUGGUGUGGUGGUCGACGUGGGGGCCAAUGUCGGAAUGGCGGCCUUUGCGGCGGCCGUCAUGGGCUUCCGGGUGGUCGCAUUCGAGCCCGUCUUUGAGAACCUGCAGCGGAUUUGCGACGGAAUGUACCUCAACCGAGUGCAGGACCAGGUGCUGGUGUAUCAUGCUGCAGCAUCUGAUCGAGUUGGGAACAUCACAAUGCAUAAGGUUAUCGGACGACUCGACAACAGUGCUAUAUCUGCAACUGGUGCUAAAUUAGCAUUUAAAUCUAAUGAGGAAGUUGCUGUGGAGGUUGCCACAAUUCCACUGGAUGAAGUCAUUUCAGAUGCAGAGCAUGUGGUUCUGAUCAAAAUUGAUGUUCAAGGUUGGGAAUACCAUGUCCUGAGAGGUGCAUCAAAGUUGCUGUCAAGGAGGAAAGGUGAAGCUCCCUACCUUAUAUAUGAAGAAGAUGAGCGUCUGCUGCAGGCGAGCAACAGCAGUGCACAAGAGAUAAGGACAUUUCUUGGUAGUGUUGGUUACAACCACUGUACACGGCGUGGCACAGAUGCUCACUGUACAAAAGAAUAGACAAUGCUUCUUUGCCUGGUGGUUAGAAUCCCCUAACCUGGGAAUACAUAGAAGUAUAGAACAGUCAGAUU